AUUUCUACAAGAGAAUAAAAUGGCUGCCUACGGUACCACUGAUGAUGGGUAUGGAGGUAUGUCGGAUACGUUUUCCGAGAAAUCUGUACGACUCGGGUUCAUCAGGAAGGUGUAUUCCAUCUUAUGCGCCCAGUUGGUUGUUACUAUGGGUAUAGUUGGUAUAUUUACUCUACAAUCUGUGAAAGUUUAUGCAGCACAGCAUCAGGAAAUGUUCUUUAGACGCAGGACCCCGCAUAACUUUAUCUUCCUUGGACUGUUUACUGUUGCUGAAGGAUUCCUUAUUGGCACUGUUGUCGCAACCUACCAAACUGACGAGGUAUUGAUGGCUGUUGGUAUGUGUGCUGUUGUUACUCUCUCUCUCACAAUCUUUGCUUUCCAAACCAAAAUAGAUUUCACUGCUUGGGGAGGAGCUCUCUUGGCCAUCCUAGUGAUCUUUGUCCUCUUUGGCUUCAUUUGCAUCUUCAUUCCUAAGAGUCGUGUUCUGGUUCUUGUGUAUGCAAGUCUCGGUGCUGUCGUUUUUUCGCUCUACAUCGUCUUCGAUACUCAAAUCAUGAUUGGCGGCAAACACAAGUACUCGCUGUCUCCUGAGGAAUAUGUUUUUGGAGCUCUCAACCUAUAUCUUGACAUUAUCAACUUGUUCCUGUACUUACUACAGAUCAUAGGAGCAGCCAGGAACUAAGGAGCUGCAAGGAACAGAGAAGCAGCAUGAAGCUAUUAAACAGAGACAACUAGAGAGAGAGAAGAAUCAAAAGUUGAUAAAACUUAAAAGAGAAAGCGUAAUUUCUGGUUAAUUAAGUAAAAACCCAUUCCUCUUAGCAACACAAAAUAAAAAUGCUUAUUCAAUGAUAAAUUGACAUUUUUCGAGUAAAAUUGUUUUAAAAUAGUGAUAUAAGCCUUUCUAAAUAGCUUUCAACUCCCCUACCCUCACUAUCCUCUGUGUUUAUACUUUAACCAGAAAUAACAUAAUUAAUCCUUCAAUUGAAAAUAUAGUUUUGCAUGUUUUUCAUCUCGUUAUUGAAAGUUUUAUUUUGUGCUGCGGACAUGUGUUCGUUUUGUUUGUUUAACGUCUAAUAUCUGUAUCAUGUGUCUUUUAUUGAUUAGGGAUAUCCUUGAUUUUUUUUUAAUUACUAUUAUGUAUUAGUGUAUUUAGCUGCACAUUCCGGACAUAUGUAUUUUGUAUUAUUUGGGCAGUUUUCAAUACGUAUAUAUUUAUUAUAUAUAUACAUACACAACUGUGUUCAAUAUAUUUAUUUUUAUAUAUCAUAAUCCUUAUUACUUUUGCCAAAUGUUAACCUUUGAUUUUUUUUUUUGGGGGGGGGGACAAUUUAGUUAAACUUUUUCUGUGAUUUUAUAGUGAUUUACUGGAAUUAUCAAAACUAAGAAAAUAUGUAAUAAUUUGAUGGACUUGUUUUUCUCACCUUUUCACCGAUAAUUCAACUCAUGACAACAUUUUUCUAUUUUCUGAAAAACUAUCCCGCUCCUCCCUUUCCAGAAAAAAAGUUUGCGUAAUAUCUACAAUUUUCAAAACUAAAUUUAAACAUUUUUGUUCGGGGUGGGGGAUGAUGAUAAAUUCAUAUGAAAAAUGAGUUAUUGAAAAAGAGAGAAAAAAAAACCAUCCCUGAGAAAUCAGUUGUAAUCGAUUGAUGUUGAUUAAAUUAUAAAAUGUUUUAUUUUUCCACAUGUUAAACUUUUUUUUUCACUUUAAUGGGACUGAAGAUGUAAUUUCAAAUGAGUGUUUACUAUUAUAGUGGGAUCCCCAAUUCACAACGGUUCCCUUUAAACUUUGAUCUGAUCAAUAAUGUGGAUGAAUGAUCCAAGAUCAGAUAAAGAUCUAAAGGGUACCAUUGCGGAUCCAACACCCAUCUAGUGAUGUGCUUUCAUUCAGUUGGUUCCUUUUAGGUCGUUUUGGACUUAUUUUUGCUUUCAUAAGAAGAGAAAAUGUUUUAAAUGGUUUUUCUUAACAUUUGUUUUUCUUACACCUUGUCAGAUUUUUACCCCGACAGAAGAUAUUAGGAAAUUGAAAAAAAUGACUUAAAAACGAUGCAAAAAGGAACGCGGUGUAAUGAUCGGUUUUUUUAUGAAAAAUAAUUGGAAAGUUUUAUAAAAGUAACUUUUAAUAAACAGUUUUGAAAUGU